AUGGUGAAAACACACAUACGAGCGAUUCAGCCAAUCACGGAAUGUCAUUCGACAGAUGGCAUUAGGCGACAAACUGUUGGCAAAGGUUAUUAUGUCGAAGAAUCACGGAUAAUUGUCAGUCAGUCGGUUUCGAUUGUAUUGAUGGAUAUGUUUAAAGAAAGGACAACUUCGUAUUUACGACAUUUACAUUUGGUUGUACAUACAACGCAACAACGAAUACGUUUUCCGGUUUAUGUUAUUCAACAAGAGGAUGUUGUGCCAUCAUUGAAACAUGAGAAUGUUUCUUCUGAAAUUGAAAGUCAUGGAUCGGCUUCUUGUCGACGAAAGAACUAUGUCUAUGUGUAUUAUUGCCUUCCAAUUUCGUUUGUUAUAUCAUGUUUUAUCGUGGCAAUUGCAUUACUUUCAUCACUAUUGGUACUGGAGACAUCAUGUCCAAUUUACGAUUGCUCGGCAAUGAAUAUUUCAACAAUAAUGGUAUACAAUUCAACUGUCACAAUCGAAGAACAUUGGGAGACAUCGUUAGGUUCAAAUGAAACAUCGUCAAAUCCAACACUGACGACAACAUCCGAACGAAAUCUGUUGUACGGUGCGAAGUGUAUCAAUCAUGAAGACUGUUCUCUAUCUCGCAAUUUGUUUUGUGAAUAUGAAUAUGAUUUGAACGAAAAACACUGUUUAUGUGAAACAACGUUCUUCUGGAAUGAGAAUAUCCAACAAUGUGAACGAAAGAAAGGUCGAAACGAAAUUUGCGAAUAUGAUAAUGAAUGUCGCCUUGAUCUGGGUAUCACCUGUGAUCUUCGUCCUGGUGUUGCUAGUCGCCGUUGUCGUUGUAUGGGUGAAUAUUAUUGGUCGAAACUGAGUAAUUGUGGUAACUUGAAGAUCGAAGAUUUCGUUCAUUGCACCGAUGAAACAUAUAUCUCAUCAUGUUUGGUGAAAGAAGUUGAUAACGGAGUCUUUCAUAAUGUAAAUAUUCGACAGAUUGAAGGUGAUGAUCUACAGUUUGAUUAUUUCAUUCUCGAUUCGCCGGAUAUCCAAGAACUCGAACGAAUCGAAUGUUCUUGGACAGAAAAUAAACGUUAUUGUUUUGGAAUUGAUAAUGAAAUGAAUAGAUUGUUGAUUUUCACUAUUAGUAGACAUGGAAUUCUCUCAUUUUAUCACAUCAAUGAGACAGUAAUCGGUUUGCCCAACGUAUUAACCCAAUUUGAUGGAACAGUUGUAUGUUAUGUCGAAACUAAUCAUUCAAAUUUGCUUUCAAUUACAAUUGAUCCAAAGAAUAACGACUUCCUGAUCGUAGAUCAACGAAUUGGUAAAAUAUACGGUGAACGAUCAUGUUUCAUCGCAAUCAAUCGCACAGCUUAUUGUUUUUAUCGUGACAUCGACCAUCGCCUAAUGGCAAUAGCCAUGAAUGAAACUUCAACCACAGAAGAUGUGCAUGUUACUGUACAUUCAGACGCAAAUCUCAAGAGUGGACCAUCGUGUGGUUGGAUCGGAACAAAUAUUCUCUUGAAAUUAUAUUGCUUUGCUGUAUUUAAUGAUGAAAAAAUCCACCGCAUCGAACAGAAGGAUAAUCUCUGGAGUGAUUGGAAGAUUAUGCCAUCGGAUAACAUCUUCAUUCAGCGACCUUUAUUCGUCACAUCCAAAUCAUCUAAUGAUACAAGUACCGCUCAAAGUUGUCAUGUCUUAGCUAUUGAUACCAGCAAUGCAGUAUAUGUUAGCAGUAAUACAGAUUGUGCUCAUCAAGAUUCGUUUUCUUCCUGGUCGAUCCUUCAUACUGACGUUGGGUUAUUAUCAUUCAACGGGACAUUUCGUCUACGCGAUGGAAGUUUAGGUGUCUAUGGAAUUGGAAUUGAUGAUUUACCAUAUUAUACAAUUAUGAAUCCUGUUACACAUACAUUUGAACCGAUCAAACUAGCUGUAACAACAGAUCGAAAAUGGAAUUGA